UUCCCUUCUCUGUAACUUGUACCUCCUCUUUCUCUCUCUUCGUCUUCCUCUUCCUGUAUUUUUUCUCUCUCCUCUUCCAGGCCUGUUUUAGCUUUUGGGUCCUCUCUGUUUUUGUGCCAUUGGCUUUCUGUUUUUGUUCCUCCACAGGGAAAUCUGUCAUUCUCUCUUUCAAUAAUUAUUUUUACUGUUCUGUUAUUUGGAUUAUUUUGGGCACCUCUCUCUCUCUAUAGCUUUUUCUCUCUCUACAUAUACCUGUUACCAUCUUCCUUCCUCUGCAUAUUUCUCUCACUAGUUCUCUUUUCAGUAUACAAGUUCCCUCUUAUCUUCCGAGUCCGCUAUCUUUUCAAUAUACAAGUUCCCUCUUAUCUUCCAAGUCUGCUAUCCCUCUUAUCUUCCGAGUCUGCUAUCGCUUCUUGUAGAGCAGCCAUUACUUUUUUUGGGAAACAGGGAUUUCUCAGAAAUGGCGGUUUUCUCUCUCUAAAUAUAGUAAAUUGGGCAACCCACGGUGAUGAUGAAGAAAGCGGUUUUAUCUAUGGAAACACAUUCAAAGUCAAGUAAUGUGGUAUUUUUUGUUUGUUGAAAUUUAGCCGUUGCUUCUUCUGUGCUUUCUAUAAUCUAUAAAUGGCCUCCUCCCUUAACUUCCUGUGAAGUUCCUUUUCUCUCUCUGUGGCCCUUUUCCUUUAUGGAAUUUCUUGUGGGUUUUGUUUUCUCUCUCAUGUAAAUGGAAACGACGAUGAUCGCCAUUCUUUCAAAGUUUUAGAGAGAGAAAGCGUGCAUCAGAGACCCUUGAGCUUUCAUUUCCCUUCUCUUGACCCUUGUACUGGAUUUCCUGACCUCUCUUGCGAGUCUUUGUGAGAGUUUAAGAGAAAGAAAGAGAAAGAUUUAGAGAUCCUUCACUACAGAGGACUCAAGUGCUUCUUGCUUCUUCUUUGAGGUAUGUAUUGUUCUGUGUGUUCUUCACCUCGAAGGCCUAUUUCUGCUUCUGAUAACGAGAAACUCAGGCAAAAAAACCAAGAAAUCAAAGAGGAAAUUAUUUCUUCUCCAAAAUGGUGGUGAAGUAUGGGGAUUUUGAUCGCAAACCAUGUUGGAGAGAAACCCAAGAAGUGAAUAGUAGUCUUGUUCAAGAGAAGAACCCCCGGAUGUGUCACCCAAUUUCUCGCAGAGAAUUCAAGGUGGCCAAGAAAUCGGUGUGCACUGAGAGGGUGAAGCUUAGGGAUGAGUGCUCUGUGAACAAGAACAUUGGCCAUGGAGAUGGAAAGGGGUUUCAGCCAUUGAAGUUGAAGAGAACAGUUUUGGGCAAUGGAAAAGUACCCAAGUUUCGAAAUAUCAAUUUGGAUUUCCAAUCUAGCUCCAAGAAAAAUGCAGAAGCCCCCAAUAAGAGAUCAAUGCCUCUAAUUGAGAACUCUCCUCUGAAAAGAAGUAGGUUUCUUUCUGAUAAACCUGAACCCAUUGAAGCUUCAAAGUUUAUUCUUCAUGGCAAAGCCAAAACCAAACAUUGUCACGAUAGCUAUGACAUAUAUUCAAGGCGUGUGCCGAUUUCAGAGGAUACCGAAGAGGUUGAAGACAACAUAGGUUUAUCUCGAAAGCCCAUGAAAAACAGAGUGGCUGAUAACAAAUUGGUUUCUGCUCAAAAGGGCAUUAAACUCAGAGAGGUCAAUGACAAUAUGAGUUCAGCUCAAAACCCCAUUAAGAAGGAUUUGAGGAGCUUACUUCUUGCUGGUAAAAUCAGAAAGGGGAAAUCCACUCGAGAGACUGUUCGGAGAACCCUGCAACUUUAUCAGUGCGUAUACAGGAAGCUCUUGCAAGAUCAAGGAAAAGCGGUCAAUAAAUCAGGGAAACGACCCCACAAAAGGCCAGACUUAGCGGCUUUUAAUCUUCUUAGAGAGAGCAACUUGGUCAUUAACUGUGAUGACCAUAUUCUUGGCAAUGUGCCUGGUGUAGAGGUUGGAGAUGAGUUUCAGUAUAGGGCAGAGCUCUGUAUUAUAGGGCUUCAUAGACCAACUCAAGGUGGCAUAGCCUACAUGCACAGAGCUAGCAAAAUUGUUGCGACAAGUAUUGUCGUCUCAGGUGGGUAUAAAGAUAGUGACUACGGAGAGGUGUUGAUAUAUUCAGGUCAAGGAGGCAAUGCUUGUUUUUAUGGUGCUAGGAAGCGACCUGAAAAUCAAAAGUUAGAGAGAGGAAACCUUGCUCUCUAUAACAGCAUAGAGUGCAAGACCCCUGUUCGAGUCAUUCGAGGAAUGAAGUUUCCUGUGUCUGUCUGCCAGUCCUCUACAAGCAGCCAUGAAUCUAGUAGGCUAAAACCCAUAAUUUACACCUACGAUGGUCUUUAUUAUGUCGAGAAGCACUGUAAAGAGAAAGGAUCCGAUGGGUUCUAUGUUUACAAGUUUCAGUUAAGGAGAGAGCGUGGGCAAACAAAGCUUGGAAGCAAGAAUUCUAAAGAACCAGGGAAGUUACAAAGGUGGAUUGCCCCUGAGAGUCUUGUUUGCUUGGACAUUUCUUGUCGAAGAGAGAGAAGCCCUAUCCGUGCAUUGAAUGGUAUCGAUGGGGAUCGCCCUGGUCCAUUCAAGUACAUAACACAGAUGAGGUAUCCUGAAUUUCACUCUCGUACUCUUCAAAAGGGAUGCAAGUGCAUUGGUGGAUGCAAUGACCCUAUAAAAUGUGAAUGCACCCAAAAGAACAAAGGCCAAUUUCCUUACUUUGAUGGUUGUGUUGUGGAAUCAAAGCCGUUGAUAUACGAGUGUGGUCCUAAUUGCAAGUGCCCUCAAUCUUGUAAGAACAGAGUAAGCCAGCAUGGCCUGAAAUUCGAAUUGGAGGUAUUCAAGACGGAAAAAAGAGGUUGGGGUGUGAGGACCUUGACCUCUAUCCCUUCAGGAAGCUUCGUUUGUGAGUAUUUAGGCAAGAUUCUCACUAAUGAAAUGGCGGAAAAGCUAAUUGGGCGUGACGAAUAUUUGUUUGAUAUCGGGUGCAAAUACAUUGAUGAGUCGGUGAAAGACAUCGUCUCGUCUCUCAUUCCUAAUGAGUUACCAACUGAAGCUUGUGAGGAAGUGGAGGAAGGUUUCACCAUCGAUGCAAGAGUUUAUGGGAGUGUGGCUAGGUUCAUCAAUCACAGUUGCUAUCCGAACCUUUAUGCACAAAACGUUCUCAUUGAUCACGAUGACAAGGCAAUGCCCCAUAUAAUGUUCUUUGCUCGUGAGAAUAUCCCUCCUCUCCAAGAGCUCACCUACCACUAUCAAAUGGCGCAUGACCAGGUUUAUGAUUCCAAUGGUAACAUAAAGAAGAAGGCGUGCCAUUGUGGUUCUUCAAUGUGUAGUGGGUGGCUCUACUGAACCAACCUCAUCUGCACAUUCUCUCUUGUGGAUGGAUUCCUGACCUUCUAUUUGUUUCCCUUUUUCUUCUUCCUUUUUCUUUUGAUUUUUCUCCCUUUUGGAUGCAGGUUUCGAGCCAACCUCAUCUGCACUUUCUCUGUUGUGGAUAGACUUCUGACCUCCUCGUUGUUUCCCUUUUUCUUCUUCCUUUUUCUUUCUCCCUUUUGGAUGCAGGUUUAUUGUAAGUGGCAUUGUAGGUAUGGAUGUGUUUGUGGAAAGAUGUAGAUGUCUCCCUUUUUCUUCUUCCUUUUUCCUUUGAACUUUCUCCCUUUUGGAUGCAGGUUUAUUGUAAGUGGCAUUGUAGGUAUGGAUGUGUUUGUAUAGCACAUCAUUUUGUGGAAAGAUGUAGAUGUCAGCAA